AUGUUUGUCCGAGACGCUCCGCAGCGAGCCCUCUCCAACAACAACAUCCUCUGGUGCUUUAGCUUCUGGUUCCUGGUCGUGCAGAACUCCGACGCCGCAUACAAGUUUUUGCAGGGGAAGCACGUUUUCGUGUGGCUCACCACGUGGUGGCUGGCAGAUGCCACCCGAGCCUCGCUACUCUUUCUGGAGCGUGCGGUGGAAGAGCAGCCAGUGUUUGCACGAGGAGUGUGGCAGGCCUUUGUGUGGUGUGGUGCCGGUCCGGUUGCACGCUUGAUUGAGAAGAGCAUCAGAGGGGAGCCUGUGCCAACUCUAGACAAGGUGCAGCCGAAUAGCCUGAACUUCUUGAAGUUUCCGUUGGUCGCCAUGUUUUGGAACAUGAUCUUCUACUUGUGCUGCUUAGCCUUUUUGACUGACUGUGGCUUCUUGAGCUCUGAGCCUAAGUUGAGCAUGGUCCAAUGUGGGGCUGCUCACGAGGACUUCUAUGGAUUCUGCACCUACAUGCCUUGCAUCCUUCAUCUUUGCCGGGCAUAUUGGGCAACUUGGCAGCAUGCCCACCGCCACAAUUUGGUGCCUGGGCCAUGGGCACUCGUGUUCAAAACUUUGUCCCUGCAACAUCCGGCAACUGGCUCUCCAGCAGCACCAAGGCGAUGUACGCAUACGAUGGUGUUGUGA